AGAGGAAGGCAGGAGGCUCCGGUGGUGUCGGGAAGCUCCUGCUCCUGGCCGUGCUGUAGGCCGGUGAGGAAACCGAGAGGCCCAGACUGGGGAGGGGCGGUACCGCAGAGUGUGAACGGUUCAUGUGCGGUAAUGUGCAGAUGCAGCGUGGGUUAAGAUUUUGGCCAACCAAGAACGCCGUAAACUGGAAACCAAGGCGCCAAGGAUCCGUAAACUGGCGCCAAGGAUCCGUAAGUCGGAGCGACUCCAUGCGGCUAGCGUCCCCUUCACUGCUUUUACACUUGGUGUGAAGAUUUCUCUUCACUUUGCAUGGACAGAAAGCCAAUGAGGAGGUGUCUGAAUACUCGCCCAGGUGAGACUGGCAUGGAUGUGACGAGCCGUUGCACCCUGGGAGACCCCAAUAAGUUACCGGAGGGGGUCCCACAGCCGGCCCGCAUGCCUUAUGUCUCCGAUAAACAUCCGCGGCAGACGUUGGAGGUCAUCAACCUCUUGCGGAAGCACAGGGAGCUCUGCGACGUCGUCCUCGUGGUCGGUGCCAAAAAGAUCUACGCACACCGGGUUAUCCUCUCGGCAUGCAGCCCUUAUUUCCGGGCAAUGUUCACCGGAGAGCUGGCGGAAAGUCGGCAGACGGAGGUGGUGAUCCGGGACAUUGACGAGCGGGCCAUGGAGCUGCUCAUUGACUUCUCAUACACUUCACAGAUCACGGUAGAAGAAGGCAAUGUGCAGACGCUGCUGCCGGCCGCCUGUCUCCUCCAGCUCGCGGAGAUCCAGGAGGCCUGCUGCGAAUUCCUGAAGCGACAGCUCGAUCCAUCCAACUGCUUAGGUAUCCGAGCCUUCGCUGAUACUCACUCGUGCAGGGAGCUGCUAAGAAUCGCGGACAAAUUUACCCAGCAUAACUUCCAGGAGGUUAUGGAAAGUGAGGAGUUUAUGCUUCUUCCGGCCAACCAGCUGAUCGACAUCAUUUCCAGCGACGAACUCAAUGUGCGCAGCGAGGAGCAGGUGUUCAACGCGGUCAUGGCCUGGGUGAAGUACAGCAUCCAGGAGCGGAGGCCGCAGCUACCGCAGGUCUUACAGCAUGUCCGGUUGCCUUUAUUAAGUCCGAAAUUCUUGGUAGGAACAGUGGGGUCGGAUCCUCUAAUAAAAAGCGAUGAAGAAUGCAGGGACUUGGUGGAUGAAGCCAAAAACUACCUUCUGCUUCCCCAGGAGCGUCCGCUGAUGCAGGGUCCAAGGACGAGGCCUCGAAAGCCCAUCCGCUGCGGCGAGGUGCUGUUUGCAGUGGGAGGCUGGUGCAGCGGAGACGCCAUUUCUAGCGUAGAACGUUACGACCCUCAGACCAACGAGUGGAGGAUGGUCGCCUCUAUGAGCAAAAGACGCUGCGGGGUCGGGGUCAGUGUCCUAGAUGACCUCCUGUAUGCUGUAGGCGGCCAUGAUGGAUCUUCAUACCUCAACAGUGUCGAAAGAUAUGACCCAAAGACGAACCAGUGGAGCAGCGACGUGGCCCCAACCAGCACUUGCAGGACGAGUGUUGGUGUCGCUGUCCUGGGCGGGUAUCUGUAUGCUGUAGGGGGUCAGGAUGGCGUCUCCUGUCUCAACAUUGUAGAAAGGUAUGACCCGAAGGAAAAUAAAUGGACACGAGUUGCCUCCAUGAGCACACGAAGACUUGGCGUGGCUGUGGCGGUCCUUGGUGGGUUUCUGUAUGCUGUGGGGGGCUCAGAUGGAACGUCUCCACUCAAUACCGUUGAGCGGUACAAUCCUCAGGAAAACCGCUGGCACACGAUAGCACCCAUGGGUACCCGACGGAAACAUCUGGGCUGUGCUGUGUACCAGGACAUGAUCUAUGCAGUAGGUGGAAGAGAUGACACCACGGAGCUGAGCAGCGCCGAACGGUACAACCCCAGGACCAAUCAGUGGUCGCCAGUUGUCGCCAUGACGUCACGCCGGAGCGGGGUCGGUCUCGCUGUGGUGAACGGACAACUGAUGGCUGUAGGAGGGUUCGACGGAACAACGUACUUGAAAACAAUAGAAGUGUUUGACCCAGACGCUAAUACCUGGAGACUGUACGGCGGCAUGAACUACCGGCGACUGGGCGGAGGUGUUGGCGUGAUCAAAAUGACACACUGCGAAUCCCACAUCUGGUAGCGUUUUUUUUUUUUUUGCCGUUGAACUGUACAAAAGCCUCUGUCCAUGGCCACAGAGAGACUUCCCUCCAGAUAUGGAGAUAUACAUGAGCCCCUUGUGCUUGGUUAUUUCCACCAGUAAGACACCCAAGGAGAACACGUUAUCCCGAAACAUCAUCCCGCAGUAAUAAACAAGGUUUUUUCUAUUCACGUGCCUGAUGGAUGAACCUGUAUGGAAGACUUCACUUCUCUACUGACCUCCCCCCCCCCUUCCUCCCGACACCAGUUUCUUCGGUUCCAGUAGGUGACAUUGACUCCUGUACCCUUUUGGCACGACUAUGGUGGCGAUCAAACACGUUGAAGUUGAGGAAACGGUUACCUGCAUGUUACCUGGAUAGAUCUCAUCCGCUGAUAUCAGGAAGUAUCGUAUCAGUAUUGGCAGUAAUGGGCCAAAUAGGAGUAUACAGCUCUGCGUUCCUUCCAUUAAAAGAUGGCGAGACGAGCAAGACUCACUAAUGACUGCUUGGCGAAGUAAAGAUCCCCUCCGCCCCAUUGGAUAUACCCUUCCGUAAGAUAUGAGCCUUUUCCUACCAUAAUAAGAUGCUGCAGUACACGCUCCGUACAGCCACGUGCACUAGUGUCUCUCCCGGUUUCCUUGUGCCUCUAAAAAACGAACCUGCUGCACUGAAUGCUACCAUGUUCUAUACUGGUCCCAGCGAUGUCUAGAGGCCUCUCUCCGGUAGCGUCGCCUUGUGAAGAUGUAGCAAAAAAAAAACUGUACAGUUUGUGUAUAAAAUUGAAAAUAUUGUGAGUCAAAAAGCAGUAAAGUCCAGACAUAAAAAAGAGAGUAUUCCAUUCUUCAUACUUAGCCUGACGCGGCCAACCAUAUACGUUCCCACGGAGUUUCUGUGCCACGUAGGGUAGGGGAUGUAACGCUUUUUAAGGUGCUCUCAACCGGAGCCGAUCUUUCUGCUAAGGUUUUGCCGGAAGUCAAAGGCUUUGCCGGAAUUUUUUUUUUUUACUUUUCUGCGUUAUUUCUUGUCAACGUAAAAAAAAAAAGUUGCGCUUUGAUGCACUUCUCAAGAUGUGGACCUUUUUUUUUAUCCCCUUGAUCCACACUUAUGACUGGGUUGUCUGACCACUUGGACUCCCCUCGAUCUGUUGCAAAACUAUAACCCCCAGCAUGCCCGGACAGCCUUCGGCUGUCCGGGCAUGCUGGGAGUUGUAGUUUUGCAACAGCUGGAGGCACCCUGGAUGACAUGGUGCUUCAGUGUUGAUGGUGGGACAACCCCUUUAGGUAAUGUUGCUUGGCUUUAAAGGGGUUAUCCAGGAAAAAAAAAUUGUGU